GAGGGCAGGGGAUUAAACGGCGGGUCCGCCCUUGGGCUCCUAUUGGUUAGGUCAAGGGGUGGGCGUGCCCUUCUGAAGGUGACGGCGGCCGCUCUCGCGCUGCCUCGGAGGUCCGUUGCUGAGGGAGCUGAAGGGGUGCUGAGGUGCUGCGGAGGCCGGCGCGAGAGCGAAGAUGUUGGGCGGGCGGCAGGUGCCGAAGACGCUUCGGGUGAGGAGGGGGAAAAAUAGGCCAGGCCGGGGGGGGGGCGGCGGGUUUGGUUAUGGAGGUCCCGCUUCCCCCUGACGGACGACCCGGCCGCCUUCCUUUGUCCUCCGCGCUUCCCCUCAGGGACAGCUGAGCCCCUCUGAGGCGCAGCGGGCUAAGCGGCCAGCCCCGCCUCCCUUCGCCCUUCCCUGCGUCAGCGCCGCGUGCCUCUUAGGCCGGGCCUGCGCGCAUGCGCCAGGACGAGCCCACCUGAGGUGGCAGAGUCUUCCUCGCCUGGAGCGAGCCGAGGAGACCCGUGUUCGAGCGCUCUGCUGUAUUUUUUCUCUCCUAAUAAAUCCUUCCUGAGAAACGCUGAUCUUAUUGUUUGUUGUGGCCUCCCCCGAGUUUUGCUGCCCUUUUUUUUAAAAAAAAUGUUUUUUAAGGAUGUCUCUCUGUGCAUAAUGUUCCAAAGGUGAUUUGUCUUCUCCUAUACUGAAGUGAUAUACAGUAGUACCUCAGGUUACAUACACUUCAGGUUACAUACGCUUCAGGUUACAGACUCUGCUAACCCAGAAAUAGUACCUCGGGUUAAGAACUUUGCUUCAGGAUAAGAACAGAAAUUGUGCUCCGGCGGCGCAGCAACAGCAGGAGGCCCCUUUAGCUAAAGUGGUGCUUCAGGUUAAGAACAGUUUCAGGUUAAGUACGGACCUCCGGAACGAAUUAAGUACUUAACCCAAGGUACUAGUGUACUCCCAAACUCUUGCUACCUUUGAAUUAUAACACACACACACGCAAACACAGAGUGUAGUGGGGAUCAAGUUGCUGCAAGGUCACAUCACUUUCCGCCCACUUCCCCCGUGACUGCCUGCUUUAAACCUUUAAUGUUGUUAACUGUUGCAUUUAAAAUGCAAAAUAGGGUUUUAUUCUGUGGUGGCAUUGGCACCUAGGGUCAUGGACAUUUGCCAGGGCCCACUCCAGUCCUGAAGCUGAGAUCCUGAAGCUGAGGCUCCAAUACUUUGGCCACCUCAUGAGAAGAGAAGACUCCCUGGAAAAUCAGGAUGUUGGGAAAGAUUGAGGGCACAAGGAGAAGGGGACGACAGAGGACGAGAAGGUUGGACAGUGUUCUCGAAGCUACCAGCAUGAGUUUGACCAAACUGCAGGAGGCAAUGGAAGAUAGGAGUGCCUGGGGUGCUCUGGUCCAUGGGGUCACGAAGAGUCGGACACGACUAAACGACUAAACAACAACAACUCCAGUCCUUGCAAAAGCAGACUCUGCAAGUUCCCUUGUGGAAGGCAGAAGCUAAUGUCUGGGGACUCAAGUGGCCACAGGUGCUGGAGAUGGGAGGCCCACGGAAGACAGCCUGCCCAGCACCCCCAAUAAUCUGAAGCUAGACCUGCAACUUACAUGCUACUGUAUCUGUAGGCAGGGCCUAAUUCUUGUUCUGUGGUUCCCCUCUUAAAGGUAAAGGAGCUCUCUGGAGAAGAGACAACCCAAUAUACUUUGUUGCUUGAAACAAAAAAGCCAAUCAGCAGAUCUGCUUUCCUCUUUCUGCAAAUGAACAUGAGGAGGUAUGGCCCAUCAGAAGAUCUCCUGUGUAAAGGGUCAUCUACAGGAGAACCUCCUGGUGGAGUUUGCCUUUUUUGGAUAAAAUCUUCCCUCCAUUCUGCUGUCCUCAAUGAUGCUCAAAAUCUGCUGCUAUGGUGGUUGUCUCAUGGUGUUUAUGCAUCUAAUAUCCUUCAUAAGUUAUGUUUGUAUCAAGGAGCAAUGGCCCCUUUUAAAACAGCACUCCUCUGGAGCGCACAUGGAAGCUGCUAAAAACAAUAAACCUGGAUCCUCAUCUUUAUGUGCGACUGCUUACUGUGGCAAAAGUUAUCUAAAUAGAGAGGCUAAAACAGAGAUUAAAAACUGCUCAGUGUGUCCGUCACAGUUUGUUAACCUAAAUGGGCUAAAGGUUAUAGGAUCAAAAGGGUAAAUUACCAAAUAACAUAGCUCAGCAUCACUGACUUAUUUUGCAAUAGGAUUGUACAAUAUUGCAAUAUGGUUUAACUGACAGUUAUUUUAAGCAUCAGGAUUUUUGUAAAGGUAUAUUGCUGGAAAAUUCUUUGCAAAGUUAUGACAGUUCUUAUUGCUCUUUUCUGCCUAUUCACUUCUGGAAGUAUUUCAAAGAGUAGCAAAUGCUGCUGCUGCUGAUGGUGAUGAUAAGAAUAAGAAUAAUUCUAAAGCUUCAAAGUAUUAAGAAAAACAAACAAGUGUAUUUAAAGUAGCUUGUUUAAAAUAUGUUAAAUGGAAAAACACAAUAUUUUUGAAUCAGUAUACCAGAUGUUUUUGCACUUACUGAAAAAUAAACUAUUUUUUCAGAUGUUAACUUAUGCAAGCAGAGGCUACUCAUCACAACGUGGCUUAAAUGUAAGUAUCAGUUGUAACAGGACUUCAGGUAUUUGCGAUGGCAAUACCAUACUUUGCCCAGCUCUACCAUGUUUUUUCAAACAGCGAGCUGAGAUAAAUUAAGUGGAUUAGGGGCCAGAGUAGGUGUGAUGCCAAACAUAUCACUUCCUGAUGUGCCUUUUUCCUGAUGUGGUUUUAAAUUGCAAAUGAAACAUAUUAGGGGUGGGGGGAUUUUUGCCAGGACUAUGGUGUGCAGGGUUUUCUAACUCGUUCCUCAUCUGCUGUGGUCCUCACAAAAGAUGCCUGGCCCACAUAGAUGCAUUUUCGUUUUAGGAGGAACUAUUGGUAGCAAUGCAAGCUCUCCUGCUGGGGCUGAUAGUGGCCAAGUGAGGAGAAUUUUCACUGGGACCAUAGCCUAGGGCAGAGUUUUCCGAACUUCAUGUUGGUGAGACACUUUUUAGACAUGCAUCAUUUCACAACACAGUAAUUCAGUUUUACUAGCAAUCCAGAGGUUAAACUAACCCCUUCCCAGCAUUCGCGCAACACACCUACACACUGCAGCCGACACACUAACAUGUCUAAACAUAUAGUUUGGAAAGCUCUGGCCUAGAGGCUAAGGGUUAAAUCGGAUUUGCUGCACACCACAGCCUUACAAAACACUCUACCAUUCCUCACUUCGAUUAGGAAUUAAAAAGCAGUACAUUCAGCAUCCUAUCUAGUCUGGCCCUCAGAAUGAUACAUGUCUAUCUAUGUGCAUACUUGAAAAGGUUACCUUGUUUCAUGCAUCUGAUAAAGUGAGUUCCUAUCCAAAAAGUUGUUGUUGUCAAAGUGUGUGCCAUAAUAAAUAGAUUCUAGGAUGCCAUAGAAUUUUGUUGUCUCACUGCUGCAAAUAACUUGUGUUCUCUUUUGAAAUUGUCUAAGUAGACUGCCUAUAAUUUGGCCUACAUGGGUUGUUACAAAACCUGCAAUGUAGUUUCCCCCUCUCUCAAUGUUUUCCAGCACUAGAUAAUAUUAUUUAUAUUAUCAUGCUGUCUGAUCCACCUACUCACUCCCUGACAAAAAAGAAUAAGUAGGAAGUUCUCCCAUCUGUAUGUCUUAUUUCCUUUAAUUAUCAGCAGUUGUACAGCCUUCUUGCUAAGCUAUAGCAACAUAUUAUCUUUGAGUAAAGAGACAUACCAAUUAACUUAUUUAUUUAUUUAUUUUUACAUUUAUAUCCUAGCUUUCUUCCAAGGAGUUCAAGGUGGUUCUCCGUCAGUUUCAUCCUUGCAAUAACCCUGUGGAGUAGGUUAGGCUGAGAGACUGUGGCCCAAGUUCACCCAUCAAGUUUCAUGGUUAAGGGGACUAGAACCCUGGUCUCCCAGGUCCUAGUCUGAUACUCUAACCACUACACAACCCAUCAUACAGGAAUAACCAGAUGUUUCUGGAGCAUACAAUUACUUUGAUAACUGCUAAGUCUAAUCUUCCUAAUUAAAACAGAACUUAAGACUUGAGAAUAUACCUUUCUGGGGGUAACUGUCAUAAUCGUUGCAAUGGUUUUGUUUGUUAGGAAGUAGUAAUUGUAAGUGCUGUCCGGACACCCAUUGGCUCUUUCCAAGGAUCCCUUUCAUCACAGCCAGCCACUAAACUUGGUUCCAUUGCAAUUAAAGGUGCAAUUGAAAGAGCAGGUAAGUCCGGACUCUGUUCAGAAGGUUUUGUGGAACAGGGUGGGAUGGGGAUGGAUUGUUUGGAAAAUAUUCACCAUCUCUUCUGAUCCAGGUUAAAUAGCAGCUAGUGUCUGUUGUAAUCACCCCUUGCCACUUUGCUAUUAUGCUGGGACACGUUAGCCACUAAGUAUUCAUGCUGUUCUUUAAAGAAAUCAAUUAUGCAUGUGCCCAAGGUGUAUCAGUAAAGUAUGUCAUCCUUUUUAAAGCAUGUCACACUCGGUCUGCUUUUGAGCAAUUCUUAGUCCUCCAUUGUCAUUACUCUGCUACCCUCCCCCCUGGUUUAUUCUCAGUUCUGACAUGGUUCAAGGAUGAUUUAUUGCAAACCUGUCCCAUUUUCAGUUUUGGCCAUUUGCAUUCAAGUGAGUAACCCAGGGACUAAAGCAAUGGUGAUCAAAUUUGUACAGCAAACAUUGUGCUAAGCUUGCAAAAAAGUACCUGCUCUGCACCACUUCACAAGUAGUUUUGCGUAGAGGUUCUGAGCUAAAAGCAGGGAGAGCUGCAAUCUAGAUGAGCUUUUUAAGGACUUAACUUUGCUCCUCAGUUUUGUCCAUAAACAAAAUCUAAGUGGCAGCUUCAUCAUCUAUUUCAUUCUUCUUACCCAGAUGUUUCUUUUCUCUCUCAUUCUAUGAGCAUAUUAUCACUUUAUGCUUGGAAAAUGCCUUCUCUGAUUUUUGCCAUUAGGUAUCCCUGCACAAGAAGUGAAAGAAGUCUACAUGGGCAAUGUUAUUCAGGCUGGGCAAGGACAAGCUCCUGCAAGACAAGCAACCCUUGGUGCAGGUACCAAAACUGUUUUAUGGCUCAUGACUUCUUAGGGCACAAGUCGUAAAUCCAACAAUGCAUGAGUAGAUUUCCUUUCAUGCAGUGGGACUUCUUCUCUCCACACCCGCAGCUCCUUCAGAGCCCCCUGAAUCAGCUCCAGUGGGUCUCCCAAACCUCUAGAGUAGAUUCUGAGGGUGUGCAGGGAGCUACAGUGGGGGAGAAGGUGAAGCCUUUUUCACUAGCACAGAGAUGGCAUUGGAUACAACCCUCAAUGAGUAAGAUUCACUGCUAAAUUAUAAAACAGAGGUAAAUAACUGAGGAGUACGAUUCACAUAAUGCUCAACAAAUUAAUCUGAGUUUGAAUUUUAAUCUGAAUCGGCCUUCUGUUUUCUUCAAAUUGCUAUAAUCAGAACUGGAACAUUUUUUGAGUUACCUUUUCCUCUUUUACUCCUUCUGUACUUUCACUUCAGCCUAGUGGGGUGUCCUUAGCAUAUAUGGUGGUGGGGAGGUAGUAUGUUGCCUAAUAACAUGUUGCUAGUUUUCUGAUGUGGUGAAGUCAAAGGGUUGAAUCCCAAAGAUAAAAUGUUAUGAAUGGAAGGAACUACUGGAGAUGUCAGGAAUGGUCUUUCAUCUUUAUAGAACUGAGACUAGUAUGAGAGGACACUACUGGUCUGAAAAACACAUGGUAUCAGGAAAGUCAGUGGGAUUCUUUGGCAUGAGUUCCUUUUUAAUUGAUUAAAGCAACUUGAUAUAUUCCAUAUAUGCAGUUGGCUGACAAUUCUUAGAAGUUUAUUUUUAUCUUAAUUUGGUUCAGGUUUACCAGUUUCUACUCCUUGCACAACUGUCAACAAAGUUUGUGCUUCUGGAAUGAAAUCUAUUAUGCUGGCAGCACAGAGUCUGGCAUGUGGGAGCCAGGUAGGAGAGUCAGUAUAUUCAGAAGACUUGUAAAUACGUGGAAAUGUAUAAUCUCUUAAAUAGGCCAAUAGCAAUUGUUUAUAAGAACAAAUUUUCUGGAAUCCUUCUGUAUGCCUCUGAAAGCUUCUGCUCUUGCAAGAUCCUCUUCCUUUAAAAAGGAAGUGUGCUGGAGAGAUUUAUUGCCAACUGUACCAACCCAUACUGCUUUGAUUAUUGUGCUGGUAUGGCUUCAGUAUCUGACUUGUCUAUGUUAUUUCCUGUAACUUUCCAACAGUUUGACUUCGCCCCCGAAGGCACACUCUUGCAUUCUCUCCCAAUACAGAUGGGGGCCAACCAAACUAUUAACAUUUUAUAUUAAAUUUACACAAUUUUCUUGGGACAUCAAAAGGAUAUGCAACAUGAAGAUUAGCAUAAUCAGUGGGUGGAAAAUUAAUAACUGUGACUAGCUGAGGAUUUUUAGAAAUUAUUUCAUUUAUUUAUUUAAUAAAAUUUAUACACUGCGUGUGUGUGUGUGUGUGUGUGUGUGUGUGUGUGUGUGUACACACACACACAUACCUCAAAGGAAAGGAGACUCCAUGGCCUUCCAGAUUAUGUCAGACUAAAAUUCCCAUUAGCCCAGGCAGCAUGGCCAGUGGUCAGGAAUGAUGAGAGUUGUAGUCCAACAAUAUUUGAAGGGCUACAGGUUUCCCAUUCCUGUGUUUGUUAUUGUGUAUGUACCCUUUUGAUUGUAUGAUGAAUUGCAUUGCAACUUUUUGCCUAAUGGGAGACUCAAAACAUUAUUUAGAUCUGAGCCAAGCAAUUCAAAGGUGUGGGAGAGAAAGUGAAAGAUGAAGGAACCUUUUUCAGGGUUUUUAUUUUUCUUGCAGAGGUCAUAUUGGGUAGGAAAAUCAGUAUGCCAACUCCAGGGCUGGCAUGUUUCCCCUUUAUUUUUUGUUGGAGGGGGGGCAUUAUGGGAGAAUGGAGAUUUUGUUGAGAGAGGGGGAAAUCUGCUGUAUCCUAGGCCUUCCCAGGGACAAUAGUAUUGCACUCUUCCGUAUUUUGUUUUCAUCCUCCUUGUAAGUUGGAAAAAGCUGUAUAUAAUUUGUUGAAACAGGACGUGAUGGUAGCUGGUGGAAUGGAGAGCAUGUCUAAUGUACCCUACACAAUGGUCAGAGGAGCAACGCCUUAUGGAGGAGUAAAGCUUGAAGACUUGAUUGUAAAAGAUGGCUUGACAGAUGUUUACAACAAAAUUCACAUGGUAAAUACAGCUUUUAAUGUCUUGCAAGUUUUGUGGCAGCCUAUUUUUGUUGUUCUGGUUUUUUUUUAAAGGUUCUCUUGGCAAAUAGGAUGUUCAGAUACUUUCCUGAUCAAAAGCCUACAUUUGUUGAGUUUAGGAGCCUUGCUUCAUGCUGUUUCAUUGGAAAAGCUAGCACAGCUUGUUUCAGGCAGCAAACAAACCAAGAAGCUUGUGAGUUGCAUGGUUUUUUGUUUGUUCCCAAUGUCUAACAGAGUCACAAAUGAAAUGGGAAGCUUCAUUUCAGUUGGUUUAAAUUUAUUCAUUCAUACUUGAGUCCAUUAACCUCAAAAGUGGGGAUUUUGGCGAUGGCACAGCUGAUCUACACAAACCUGUCCAGUUUUUAAAAUGACUUUCAGUGAUUUCCUGUCUGCCUCCCCAGGGUAAUUGCGCAGAGAAUACUGCAAAGAAGUUUACUAUAUCACGGGAAGAUCAAGAUGCCUAUGCCAUAAAAUCUUACACCAAAAGCAAGGAAGGUUGGGAGUCGGGAGUUUUUGCAAAUGAAAUUGUCCCAGUUACUAUUUCUCAGAAAGGUAGUAUAAUUUCAUAUAUAAUACCUCCCCACCUUCUGUUUUAUGAUAAACCAUGUACAGAAAUGGUAUAAAAUGUUGUAUGCAUUCUGGCAAACAUAACUUGUCUAUGAAAUGAAGACUGAACAUAUUUUGUUUCUUUUUGCUGAAAUAGAGACCAUUUCUGUUUACACCCCUAUUCCCAUAUUAAGCUUUUUGUGUUUUUUGACCUUCCAAGCUGAGGUUUGAGUUUUCUUUCUGGGUCCCUCCCCACCCAAAAAAGUUUUGUGGCCUGCUUGGAAGGCUAUCUGCCUUUCCUCCCUUUCACAGGAGGCUUAGGGCAGUGAUGGAGCAAGAAAUGAGACAAUGAUUUGAAGCAUACUUAACUACAGCCUUUGCAUGUUCUGCGGGGAGUGCCAGCUGUCCAGCCACAAAGAAGUCUGAAAUUGUUUAACUAAUUAAAGUCUUAUUUUAGGGAAACCAGACACAGAGAUUAAAGAAGACGAGGAGUACAAGCGUGUUGAUUUCAGUAAAGUUCCAAAUCUGAAGGCCGUUUUUCAGAAAGAAAACGGUAAGUUCGGAAAAAAGUGAUGCCUGGUUUUUAAUGUAGUAAAAGCUGGCCAGAUUGCAUUUUUUAUUUAAACAUACCUGCAUUUCCUUCAGUGAAAUGGUUUAUAUGGAUGUGUGUUUUGAUAUAAUGCCAGCCUUGUUGAAUUUGAAUUGCUGUAUGUUGUGUGGCCAGUGUUUUGCAUAUGGAUUGAUGUAGGCUGGAAUUUAGGAUGUUACUGAGGAAUGCACUAUAUUCACAUUGCUGCCUCUUUCAGGAACAGUAACUGCUGCCAAUGCCAGUACAUUGAAUGAUGGAGCAGCUGCAUUAGUACUGAUGACUUCAGAAGCAGCCAAAAGGCUGAAUGCUAAACCAUUGGCUAAAAUAGUAGGUAAGAAUCUUCUUGACUUUCUAGUGAAAUGUUGAGAAACGCUUGAUCCUGACAGAUAAUGGGUUAGACUGACUUUGUUUUAGGUAAGGUAAGGGGACCCUUGACCAUUAGGUCCAGUCGUGACCGACUCUGGGGUUGCGGCGCUCAUCUCGCUUUAUUGGCCGAGGGAGCUGGCAUACAGCUUCCGGGUCAUGUGGCCAGCAGGACUAAGCCGCUUCUGGCGAACCAGAGCAGCGCACGGAAACGCUGUUUACCUUCCUGCUGGAGUGGUACUUAUUUAUCUACUUGCACUUUGACAUGCUUUCGAACUGCUAUGUGGGCAGGAGCUGGGACCGAGGAGUAGGAGCUCACCCCGUCACGGGGAUUCGAACCGCCGACCUCCUGGUUGGCAAGUCCUAGGCUCUGUGGUUUAACCCACAGUGCCACCUGCGUCCCCUACUUUGUUUUACUUUGCCUUUUAUCAGCGGGUUAGGUUGAAAGGACUGCUUUUUAACUGAAUGGUGCAGUCAUAGCUUGACAAUUUGCCAAACUCGAGAGAAUUUAGGGGCCUUUGGGAUGUCUCAGCUGUUCCUCUAACACUGCCAUGCUUACAUCUUUUAAAAGCAAUAAUAUCCAGAAUUUUGCCAGAGAGGCUGUAAGCAUCUAUUGCAGGUACUCUAAAUGCUGCUAUGUAUACCAAUAAUGACAUUUCCCCCUUCUGCUUCACAUUUGCUCUUUUGCAGGUUUUGCAGAUGCUGCUGUUGAUCCUAUUGACUUUCCAAUUGCACCAGCACAUGCAGUUCCUAAGGUAAUCCUUUUAUAGCAUUCCCCUACCUUCAAAUUAAAAUCUUCCUCAAGGCAGGCUCUCUCAUAUUUAUCACAGUACGUCAAACAGUAAUACUUAUACUUCAGAAGUAUUCAGAAUAUUGGAUAAUAAGACUUAAUGCUAAUCAAACAUGGAAGGUUUCUUAGAAAGCUUCUGCCAAGACCAUAAUGCAACUUGCCUCUGAAUCUUCUCAUUAGGUUUUUUUUUCUGUUGGCCUUUGUACUUUUAUUUUCCUUUUUGGUGUUCACUACCUACUGAUAACAAAGUGGUUUUUUAAAAUGGACCUGAAAAGCAAAAUAUAUUUGAGUAAAAGUAAAUGUUAGAUGACAUUUCUCAGCAGCACUGUAAGUAAUUUAAGUAGACAAUUAAAUAGGCGUUACUCCAGUUGCUUUAUUGCUUGAAAUCUACAUUUCACUCUUAGGUUAAUGCUGUUAUUUUAGCAUUGUGAAACACUGAACUAAUUAGUUUGUUAAUAUUGAAUUCUGAAGUAUCUCACACCUUAGAUUUAAUCAGAAACUGGUACACAUGGAUUUCGUAAUUCAGGGACUGGGUUAAUUUUUUUCUAGAGAAAGUAUUUGCUUGAAUCCUGACUGCUGUAGGCAGUGGUAAUUGUUAAUUUUUUUUUCACCUGACGUGUGGCUUCAAGUCAGUUGAAAUGUUUAUCUUUAUGGGUGGAUUUCUCUUGAGCUACAGUCCCAAUUGUGCCAGUGACCCAUUUUAUAUCUCGAAUUAAAACAGAAGGGCAAGAACCCUCAGACCCUGUUGGUGAUAUAUAUUACCUUUUAUCUAUGUGUUUCUGUCUUUUUCCAGAUACUUAAUCAGACAGGCCUAAAAAAGGAAGAUAUUAAAAUGUGGGAAAUUAAUGAAGCAUUCAGUGUUGUUGUCCUAGCCAACAUUAAAAUGCUAGACGUUGAUCCGCAAAAGGUGAACAUUCAUGGAGGAGCAGUCUCUUUGGGACAUCCAAUUGGGUAAGUGAAGUAAUACAUUUGUUUGCGCAACAAGAAGAAACCCUGACCCUCCCCUCCACAGCAAAGGCAAAUAGUUAGUUAUUAUAGCUUUGGUAUUUAAAUGUAAGAAGGCAGAAAGCAUUCCUAGUUCUGAUGUGUAAAUGUACUUGACAUGGUGCAUUUUAAGUGCUUGCUCUUGGUACUUUUAAAAAUGCUUACUCUUUAAAAAUGCCAUAUAUAAACUAAAAUUAUUAAUCGUUUGCAAUAUUCUAAGUACCCUGUUUCAUAAUCCACUAGGAAAUAAGAUUACGUAAUGGUGCAGAGGAAGUAUUAGUCCUGUAAAAAAUCCAACUUCAAACCAUCAACACCCUCCUUAAUGUCUAUUGUGUUUGGUAGUGUCUUAAUCAAUUGAUGCAGUAGACACAAUAGAUUGGAAAAUCUCAACCAUGAUAAAUGAAAAAGUUGUCUCUGAGUCUUGGGACCACAGAUCAGUGUAUCUAGUUUGGGAACAGGGCGAGUGGGAAAGACCUAAGACAAUGAAGAGUUGUUGCUAAGCUGGCCAGUUCUGCAUUAGACAGACCUAUAGAAAAGUUUAUUUUGGAUACUCCUUCCCUAUUGAUUCCAUUCCCACAUCCUCUUUUCCCACAUCUCUUGCCUCUCUUCCCUCUUAGCAUAGUUCCAUCCUAACAUCCUCCAGGAUGUCAGUGGUGUGUGGUUGUCAUAGAUUAGCGCAUGUGUGAGACAGGUCUUUCACAAACUACUUACCUCUAGUACUACUCUCUUAUGCUUCAGCUAGAUAUUAUUUAGCACUAUGCUGAUUCUAAGGCACGGGCUGAAAAAGCUGAUUUAUGAGGUUAAGCACUAACCUUUUUGCCAAUCUAUACAACUCAAAACUUAACUAGGGUGCUUUUUCUGUUUUAGGAUGUCUGGAGCAAGAAUUGUUGUUCACAUGGCUCAUGCAUUGAAGCAAGGAGAGUAUGGCCUUGCUGGAAUCUGUAAUGGAGGUGGAGGCGCAUCUGCGAUACUAAUCCAGAAACUGUAGACUCUAAUGGCAAGCCUUAAGGCUCAACUGUCAAAUGGCUGUUACAACUAUUUAUGGAAUUGCAGCGCAGACCCCCCUCCCAAGCUCAGUCUAUCAUUGUUUUUAAAAAAACACAACUAAUUUUUUUUUUACUAUACAUCCAGUGCAAGUGGUUUUUUUAUACCAUAGGGACUAUAAAAUGUGGGUUAAACUUCAAUCAAAGACAAUAAAGACGAAGUAUAGUGGCUGGCUACUGUGGAAGUUUCAUUAUGUUUUAUAAUUUUUUUUAAAAUGGCUGUCACAAAUCCCUGCUCACACUUACCUUGGCAUUCAGUCUAUUUCCCUGUGCCCCAAGGAACGUGCAGUCCUCCAAGUCAUGAAAGAAGUUUUUGUGUCUUUUGGCUUGGAUAAGACAGUGCCUGCAUAGCCCUUGUCCAAGCCCCUCCUUUACCUGCCCCCUACCAUAUAUAUUGUCAGGUGGAUAUAGCCUAGCAGCUGUAACCAUGCCCAUUGGCUGAAAGUUACCUACCCCUGCUAUAGUAUGCUAUCUCUCUAGUGUGGUUUCUUCCAGCAUAGCUCUAAUAUGAAUUCACAGAGGGCUCUUAAUGGCAUGUGAGGACUGGGUUGCUGUAUUCAAAAGCUGAUACAGUGGUACCUCAGGUUACAUACGCUUCAGGCUACAGACUCUGCUAACCCAGAAAUAGUACCUCGGGUUAAGAACUUUGCUUCAGGAUGAGAACAGAAAUCGUGAUCUGGCGGUGCGGCAGCAGCAGGAGGCCCCAUUAGCUAAAGUGGUGCUUCAGGUUAAGAAUGGACCUCCGGAACGAAUUAAGUACGUAACCAGAGGUACCACUGUACUACUAGUUAUUAGUUGGUUCUACUGACAGCAAAAGCAGCAAGCUGGUCUACUUAAAUUGACAAUUUAGAAAGUACUUGAAGUAACUUUCAAAAGCUGGGGUGAGAUCCCGCAUAGCAUGAACAGUUGUUUGCACAUCCUUCCAAAUCUGCAAAGGGUUGGGGGACAAGAUAAACUGUAAAACCUGUUGCACAAGCAAGUGGACACAACUGGAUGUUGCACCUAACAUUUGCUAUUACACCUUUACAAAGGAUUGCUCAGGAACCUCAUAAAAACUGAGGAAAGUGUGUGCAUAAAAGUGAUAUACCAACAAGGUACUACCUCUCAAACUUUUCUUGACUGAUAUAAUGUUUCCCUAAAAAGUAGCCAGAGCUGCAUACCUUGAGCAACUGUGAUCAUUUGCUUCCACAUUAAAAAGCAGCUGAAAAUUAAAAAAAUUGAACAAAGCUAUAUUGUAGGGAUUCCCAAGCUACACUAGUGUGAGUAAUCUGCUCUCUGCCAGUGUGGUGUAGUGGUUAAGAGCGGUAGUCUCAUAAUCUGGGGAACCGGGUUCGCGUCUCCGCUCCUCCACAUGCAGCUGCUGGGUGACCUUGGGCUAGUCACACUUCUUUGAAGUCUCUCAGCCCCACUCACCUCACAGAGUGUUUGUUGUGGGGGAGGAAGGGAAAGGAGAAUGUUAGCCGCUUUGAGACUCCUUAAAGGGAGUGAAAGGCGGGAUAUCAAAUCCAAACUCUUCUUGUUCUUCUUCUUCUCUCUCACAACUGAUAACAUUGUGGCUGAACUUUAGCACCACACUACAACAGAGCAGUUGGUUCUAUAGGGUAUCCUUUUUAGUAAAUCCUGUCCUCCUGAGGAGCUGUACCAGAAAAAGGAGACAACAGAUUCCCCCCUCCUCCAUUGUCAACGGCUUGGGUUAAAAAUCCCAAUUCAUGGCAGUCAUGGUUCAAACAUCUCUUUGGGAAGAGGAAUUCCUAUUAAGGGUGUGUGUUAAAUACAACAACUUUUAAGAAAUGUUCGAAAACACACCACACUGGGUUAGUGUCAUUUACAGGUGUAUUUUAAAGUUAAAUGAAAUAAAAAUAAAUUGCCUCUUAAUAUUUAUAAAUAUAGCAAGAAAGUUGAAAAAGCCUUUAUUGUAACAGAUUUGCAACUAGAGGAAAAGACAGGCACAAGGGAAGCAGGUUGGGGAAAUUCCCACUGUAAGACAAGCUGAAUUGUUAUCGUUAGAAGUUAGCUAGCUAUCCAAUUUAAGACUUGGCUAACCAUUACCUUAUGUUUUCCAACUUGAGCCAGCUAUCUGUCCUGGGCUAUAACCCCAAGCACAGUGACUGGAAAGCAAGUUCCACAGUUCAACAGAACCUGCUUCUAAGUGUAAUUUGGCUCAACAAUGUAUGACACUGAAAAUGUCUGAGCAGUUAAUGUGCACAUUUUGCAAAACACAUCCAACCCCCCGUGUUAAUAAAAGUAGUACCUUGUUGUUUUACAACUCCAACAGCUGUACAAUAUUUACAUUAUCCCCACAAGUAUAACUGUGCAAACUUAACUGGUUGUACAUUAAGUGCUUUCUCAGAAGUUGAUCUGCCAAGUUAUUUAUAAGCUAGCAACUUUCUUCAGAACCAGCGUGCCUUUUUAAAUAUGCAGUGACACUUGAAUGCAUCAACUGCACUCCCAUUUUGUUAUUUCACCUCAAAGUUGCAAAAGACCAAUGAACAGUUCAGUUUUUAUUCAUCAUAAUGCAAAGAUAACAAAAAUUUAUCCACAUCCAUUCCAGCAGGAAAUGCGAUUGGUAGCUUCUUCUGCUGAAAAAGGAAAAAAACACACAACCAUUUAGGCAAACAAGAUCUAGGUGCUUAAAAAUUGCUUAGUUCCACAGAACUCAACACAAAAACAUGUUUAUCUGUAUAAACCAAUGAGUGGGAUCUCCUGUCUUUUUCAAAAGUAGCUUGUACAGUUCUUUGGGAUUAUGCAGGCCUACACUUAUAGUAUUGGGCUGCUAUCCACCCACCACUUUUGGGGCAUUAAAUAAAUUAAAAACCAGGAUCACGUCUCAUCCUGCCCAAAAGGCAAAAUCAACCUUUGGAACAAACCAUCCCUGACCCGUGACAUUUAAAUGUUCUGCAUUAACACCUAUUGAGAUUCUUCCCCAAUCUAAUUUUGUUUACUUCUCAAGUCUAUAUAUAAGUAUAUGUAGUCCAACAGUGGACAUAGGCUUAAAUGGUCAACUGGUAAGUGUACCAAAACUUCAUAGCGAUUAAAAAAAUAAUCAUAAAGGUUGCAAUACCUGCAGUCUCUUACAACUACAGCAGGCCAAUACAGGCUAGCUUGCAAACAUUGGAUAAGCAAGUAACUGUGAUUCUAAAGAUUCAUUAAGACAAGCUCUAAAGAUGGGGAGGUGUCUCCUCAGCCAAAGAUUUCUUCUGAAAAGUUGUGACAAGUUAAAAAUGAAGGAACCGUUUCCAUUAGUUUAGGAAUGCCAACGUGAGCUUGAGAAAAGGCAUAUUACAGGAUACAUUAUGAUGUUUCCCAUUCUGGGCCAUUUAGCUAGACAAUGGGAUUAAAAGCUGUUAACUCUUCUUCUGCCUGUAGGUGCUGUGCUGGAAAAGAAACAGUACCAUGCAAUUAUGUUUGAAAGGACUAGUUUACUUACCUUCACUUUCUUCUUUUUUAUUGGCACUGUAAAGUUCUGCAUAUCUUUUUUACUGGCAGUCCGGGCAUUCCUCUCACAUUCAACCAUGUCUUCUGGUUUCCUUUUUUUUGCACUUCUCAAAGACCUAAACUGUUGCGUAUUGUCUUUAAGAGGUGUAGUGGUACUAGUCCUUGCAAUGGCUGCUCGUGAAAGUAUCAUUAAAGUGUGGGCAGCCAUACUAACACUGUUUUCACUGCCUGUUUCACUAGCUGGGCUACAGGCUGGCAAGUCAGGAGUAGCUGGAGGGACCAUGAUCCUUGGUGUUGUACUGUCUUCACUAUACCGUCUACACGUGGGCGUCCUUAUUAUAUCAAAGGUAUCCUCAGAGUGUCUAUCGCCAGUUCCUGAAGGUGUGCGUGGUACUGGCAGAUCCACAUUUUCAGGAAGUUUACUAGCGGGGCUUUGCCUCUGAAUGUCAUGCAGCAUUUCCACAGCUUGUUUAGUUAAUGGACUGGUCAAACAAUGGGCUUGGUUGGCAGACCUGUUUUGGUCUUUUUUUGGCUCCUUUGAAGGUAAAGCUGCUGAAAUUUUGCAAUUUGCAUUUGACUGCAGCCCCUGCUUUUUAGUCAGUUCCUGAGCAGAGGAGCUGUUCUUCUCAUUAUGAAGGCUAACGUUCUGUUGGCCGUUUGACAGAGUCGCCACCUCCUGGUUUUUGGGGGGUUUGUCAACAGUCCUUUCCAAUUCGUUCUCUUUAUUUGCUGUCUGUUUUCUUAACACAUCCGAUGCCAAUCCUGGACCUGAAUGUCUCUUCUCAGAUUGGGUGUCCUUUGCAGUCAAGUUUCUGCUAGUAAUAUCAGGCUUACAUAAAAUCCGAGGCAAAGUUCUCUCUCGUUCCCUCUUGCAGGACUGAGUUUUAGCAGUUGAAAGCACAGCGCUGGGAGAAUUCCCAGAGCAUAAAGGGUUUUCACUCCUUUCUUUCUGUGAUGCUGGAAUACUUCCUACUGGAGCAGCCAGAGUGUUGUCAAAGCAAAGCACUCUCCUAUGGCUUUCAUUCUGUUUGGAAGCGGAACUUAGGGUGUCGAGAGCAACUGUCUCCAGCUUCUUUUUCAAUUCUGCACAAACAUUCUUGUCUGAGUUUGCAUUUCUGAAUGGGGGAAAAGGGUAGGGAUUAUCUGACAAUCUUGUGAUAAAAUUUCUAUUUUCAAUUAUUUUGGUAUAUUUUUAAAGGCUAUUGCUGAAGGCUAUAAACUCAGCCAUGUUAGUAGCAGAGAGUACAAAACAAGCUGGUUUAAGGGGACAUCCCCACCUUCAGUUUAAAAAUCUUGAAUAGCUCAAUUUUUGCUUUACUGAAAUAACAAAAGGGUGAAGAGAAGCAGAACACCCUCCAUGCACGUAAAAAUAAAUAAAUAAAAAAGCACAUAAUUAAUUUUAAAGGUUUUCCAGUUGUGAACUUUACCCGUCACAAAACAUGUAAAAUUUGCUGAAUGUACACAAAACCACCUCGGGCCUUAAAAACUUAGGACCGUUUCAUUGCAAAGGAAGGCUAAGCUCUAGAGGUGCUUCCUUGUCCAAAUCCCAGAAAAGUUUUUCAUCUAAAGAACAAGGCCCUGGAGGCAACUAAUAGGGAGAAGAUAUACCCACUUUAAUUUAACUACCCAAUAAAGUUUCUUAACCCUCAUUUAAACAUUCAUGUUAAAAUACAUGUUUGCCACUAUUUUUAAAAUGAAAUUCUUUGAACAAAUGGAAAGUAACAGCUGCAAGAAAUUUUCUACUCCCUAUCAGUUGCUAUAAGCCAAAAUUUCAAAGGCUACUAAGGAACAAUGUAGAAAACAGUCCAAACCACUCAAGUGAGAAAAAUAUAAUGUGUGAAGUUAGUGAUCACUAUUAUGUUUGCCAGUAGCUCCCAUGAUUGCAAUGCCUAAACAUUAUCACUGCAAAUGGCAGAAAUAACUAUGGACUGCUCAUAUAUUUUAUCAUGCAAGUGCCUUCCCAGAAAUGUUGAGAACUGAGAAAAACCCCCUGCAUUUUAUGCAAUGCAACUUAACUGACCUUUGUGCACGAGAAGCAGGACGAUUUAUAGGCUCAGAUCCACCGGGUACCAACUUUCCUAAAACAUUUGUUUAAAAAUCAAACUGUUAAUUAAAAGAAACAAGUCUGGAUUUUUAAAAAAUUGACAGCAUGUAAGAAGCAUACUCUAGGUUUCAAAUAAGUUCAUAUGGAAGAAAAAGACAAGUCAAACAUUAUAUACAGUCUGCUACAAUAGUUUCUGCCUGCAGAACUGAGUAUCUUGGGCUGCUGAGGAAGGAAUCAGAUUUGAGCUGGUAAGCUAUGAAUUCUUCCCAUGCUAGAAAUAGACUUCCCUUCCUUCAGCUACAUCACUAACUCACCUGCAUUUGUCUUGUUUCUUGGGAUCCUCUGAGAUUUGGGAGGGAGAGGUAGUUUAGGAACACCACCACCCAAAGAAGUCUGUACUGGCAUGUGCAGAACCUUGGAAAAAGUGAAAGCAGCACAAUGAAGGUUUCUCACAAGAUUUUCCAACUCAAGAAUGACAGUAUGGAAAUUUAGCAGUAGCGUUUUACCUGACGGGAAGGAUCUGAGAAUGUAUGUCCAUUUUGCCCCAUUAAAGAUACAGGAAUCAUUCCCACCAUUCCUUGCAACACAGGUUGUACUGGAGAUGCGAUUAUGAUGGCAGAACCUGAAAAUCAAUGGACUCAUGUGAGCAAGCUGUUAGUACUUACUCAGAGAGUCUCUCUCACUCUCUGUGCCAAUCAUCCAAAGUCAGAGAAUGGUCCAAAGGCAAAUGGCACUGUUCUACCAGUAAGCCUAAGUGUGUAUGACCCCGUAAGCUACCUGGAAGGCAGACUCCCUGAGAACCCUAUAUAAGCAGCUAUAAGCUCUUUAAAGAAAGAGCAGUAAAUAGCUCUAACCACAUUAUUGCUACUAAGCUGAUAUUUCUUGCUAUGAAGAACACCAUCCUAUAUAUACAGCAGGUUGCAGGCAGCAAGUUCUCUAAAGCAAAGGGCUAAAAUAGGAAUAUGUUCUUCUGCAUGGGAGUGACCCAGCCUUUGCUAGCUACACAGCUAUAGGGAGGAAGUAAUGUCUGACAUGUUGCCUGCAUUCACAUCUAUUUUAGCAAGUAUUUGUGUGGCAGAUGAACAAUAAGGCAAGAAAAGAAGCAAAGAAACCCCUGCGACUCUCCUGACAUUGGAACAAAUGCAGAAGCCCUUGCUUUGUGUAUGUGUUCCUAAGAAACCAGGCUUCCCCAAUGCAUUUCAGUUCCAGGAAGGGCUCCUUUGUUUUGCCUUCUCCCAUCUCAACAUAUUGGUUAGGUGCUCCAGUCUAGAGCUUCAGACAGUAACUCAGGGGGAUGUGCCAGGCAACCUAUAAGGCCAGGCAACUGCUAUAAGGCAAUAAACUUAAUGCCUUAUAGCAGAGGUAACCAGUGUAGUGCCCUCCAGAUGUUGUGGACAGGAGCUCUCAUCAUCCAUGAUCACUGAUCAUGCAACCCAGUAGGUAUCCUGAGGGUGAGGCAACCGUUAGUAUACUGCUCUUAGUUCUCAUUCCAUUUUUAGAACAAACUUCAAGCCAGAAUACAGCUUUCACUCCAGACUAGUUAUGUGGGCUGAAAUAGUGAGAUCCAGAAACAAAGAAAUCUCAGCCUCUAAUCCAAAGGGGUAGAUUUCUUAAAUCAACUUUUCUUCAUACUUGAAUGCAUGUGAAUACCACUCAAUAUCCUUGGUACUUCACAGCCUAGGACCCUCGUACCUACGGGACUGCGUCUCCUGGUAUGCCCCACGGAGAACCUUAAGGUCCAUAUAUAGCAACACCCUAGAGGUCCCGGGCCCUAAGGAAGUUAGAUUAGCCUCAACCUGAACCAGGGCCUUCUCAACACUGGCCCCGGCCUGGUGGAACGCUCUGUCUCUUGAGACCAGGGCCCUGCGGGAUCUGAUCUCUUUUCGCAGGGCCUGUAAGACAGAGUUAUUCCACCUGGCCUUUGGUUUAGAACCGGUUUGAUUCCCUCCCCCUCUUUCUUUUUCCCUUCUCCUCCUAUGAAGAGAUUGCAUCCUAAUGUUUUAAUGUUGUAUCUUAAUCUUUUAAAUUGUAUUUUAAUCAACUUGUUUUUAUUAUUGGUUGUUAGCCGCUCUGAGCCCAGUCUUGGCUGGGGAGGGCGGGGUAUAAAUAAAAAUUUAUUAUUAUUACU